GGGUACGCAGUAUGCAUCACGUGAGCAAAUAAGGACACUCCCCUAAACACGUGUUGACACAAAAGUUAGAAGAACUACAGCUAGCUCCUCAGUGAAGCCAAAGCAGAGAGGAAGUACAUACCAUAUUGCAGCAUGGCAAGCUCAGAACCUAAAGCAGUGAACCCCAAAGCCUACCCUCUGGCUGACCCCCAGCUGACUGGUACCAUCCUCAACCUCUUGCAACAAGCCACCAACUACAAGCAGAUCAAGAAGGGAGCCAAUGAAGCUACAAAGUCUCUCAACAGAGGUAUCUCUGAGUUCAUAGUGAUGGCUGCUGACACUGAGCCACUGGAGAUCGUGCUCCACCUUCCACUCCUCUGUGAGGACAAGAAUGUGCCUUAUGUGUUUGUGACCUCUGGUGCUGCAUUGGGGCGAGCGUGUGGACUAGAGAGGCCAGUGGUGGCCUGCGCUGUCACUACCAAUGAAGGAUCUCAACUUAAACCUCAAAUUACCACUUUACAGCGAAAUAUUGAGAAACUUCUCAUCUGAUUGCUCUCUCUCAUGAAUCAAUGCUGUGUUGCUGCUUGUAUUGUUCUUUAUUUGAACCUUGA